AUCAUACAUGACUUACCACAAAGUACACUGGGCAGCUAUCGUUUGCACAUUCUGUUUCAUAAUUACUUGUUUGUUACAAGUCGUUGCGCUUUUUAUGGCCACGGACGACCCAGAAAGACUCUUCGAGUGUUUCAGCGUUCUAGCUUUCUGUGGCAUGGGAAUCCUAAAAUUAAUUUCACUCCGCAAAAGCCAUCAUAGUUGGCGUAAACUUCUUACCCAAAUAUCGGUACUGGAAAACUCACAGAAGAAGAAAAGCUCUACCUCGUAUCAAUCGGAUAAUGAAGAGGUCGACAAUUUUUCUGCCUAUAUCGAUGACUAUACAAAGAAAUUUCAAAACACGUCAACGAUUUUAACCAGAAUUUACAGUUUCACUGCUUUUAUAUUUAUCAUCUCUCCCUUUGUCGAAUACUUUAUUUGCAAGAUGCGAGGGAUGGAAUGUUUGGGAUAUCCCCAUAUUCUGCCUGGUUGGGCUCCCCUUGACAAUUUAAGUUUUCUCGGCUACAUCGUAAACGUUGUGGGCGAAUUUCUUGCUGCGGUCUACUGCGUCUGCGUGCACAUCGCAUUUGAUUUAACAGCUGUCGGUAUCAUGAUAUUCGUAUGUGGCCAGUAUUCCUUGCUCCGUGAUUAUAGUUCACACAUCGGCGGUAAAGGGAAUCAUUGCAAUCUCUCAAAAGAAAGAGAUUUGAGCGCCCAUUAUAGGAUCGUACGUUGUCAUCAGACUAACAUUUUAUUAAUAAACACAAUCAACGAACUUGAUAUUUUGUUGAAGAAUAUAAUAGGAGUGUAUUUUUUCUUAGCCACAUUAACGUUAUGUUCGGUUGCUGUUCGACUAAAGUCUGAGGAAAUGAGCAUAAUGCAAUUGGUGUCCCUGAUCCAAUACAUGUGCGCUACAUUGACACAACUUUUUCUAUUUUGCACAUACGGGGACGCAGUAUUGAACGAGAGUUCAGUGGGUAUGGGACAAGGACCAUUCGCAGCUGCAUCAUGGUGUUUAAGUCCUCGGAUUAGACGAGAACUGGUGAUCCUCGGCUCCGGUAUGAUGAAGCCACGGCAUCUUCGCGCUGGGCCUUUCAAUUUCUUAGACUUGCCUUCUUUUAUACAAGUUGUCCGAGCCGCCUAUAGUUAUUACGCUGUAUUGGGAAAGAAAGAAUAA